CCUCUUAUCCCGCCUCCUGCUCGGCUGCUGCCUUCUCUUUUCCCUACAACGCUGAUGUGUUACUAACUUCAGCCUUCAAGUCUGCAAAAAUGUUCAAUUUCGGCUCCAAGUUGUUGCUGCUUUUCCUCCUGGCCUUCCCCUGCGGACUCAUAUCCAUCGGCCACGUCUCUGCAGACUCAGACUCUGCCGAGGACAUCGUCGAGGACCCAGAUGCUGCAGUAGAUGAGGAGGAUGACGAUGAGGAAGACGUGCUUGUUGAAGAGGAUCACAUACAAACUUCGGAAGGAGAUGAAGAGGACUCAGACGAAGCUGCUGAUAAACUUUUAACGUCUCACCCUGAUGCCGACACCACCAUCAUCUUCACAACAGGAGAAGAGUUUCCUGCCAAUGAAAUUGUGAGGUUCCUGGUGGGUCUCACCAACAAGGGAAGUCAGGAUUUCACUGUUCAGUCUUUGGAGGCCUCCUUCCGUUACCCCCAAGACUUCCAGUUCUACAUUCAGAAUUUCACAGCUUUGCCCCUGAACACUGUGGUCCAGCCUCAGGCCCAGGCCUCCUUCGAGUACUCUUUCAUCCCAGCUCAGCCCAUGGCCGGUCGUCCAUUCGGUCUUGUUAUCCUCCUCAACUAUCUUGACUCUGAGGGCAGCGUGUUCCAGACUGCCAUUUAUAACCAGACAGUCACCAUCACUGAGAAAGAAGAAGGACUGGAUGGAGAAACAAUGUUCAUGUACGUGUUCCUGGUUGGACUGGUGUCCCUGAUGCUCUUUGGCAUCUACCAGGUCCUGGAGUCGAGGACAAAAAAGAGGCUUCCUGUGAAAAUAGAGAAGGGCACUGGUGGGAUUAAUGAUGUGGACAUCAGCUGGAUUCCUCAGGAGACUCUCAAUGUCAUGAACAAGGCUUCUCCUAAAACAUCUCCAAGGAAACGAACCAAGAGGGCAGCUGGAGCAGAUCAGUAAACUGGUCCGUUUCCAUCCAUCAUCGUGCUGUCUAUCAGACUUUGAAAGCGCCUCGCUACACUUGUAACAGUUCCCAUUUUGAAAGGAUCAACAUUUCUGGAAUUCAGUUUUCAGCCCGAGCAGUGAAUUUAGGAUGUUUUCAUGGAUUUCUGCCUCUCAGUCGGAUGUUUCUGCAUUAUCAUGACCACAGAGUGUCCUGGACUCCAGAGUGCAACACAUUUCAACACUAUCGGGACUGAACUGUUUGUUUUAGGGACUUUUUUUUUUAUCACUGUGUGUAUGAAAGGUGAUAAAAAAUAAACCAAUUCAAAUAAAAAGGGAUGUGGUACAAACUGCCCUCGAGAAGAGAGCUGAAUUCAUCCAUGUGAACGCUGUGAGGUCGAAGCUGUUUUUAUUUAGAGGUUUGUUAUCUGGAUUAUUGGGAUAAAAUGGAAUUUAAGACUUCAAACUAUGAGCAUUUUAUUUGAGAAAGAGAUGAAUCCCUACCUUUCUUUAAUCUGAACACCAUUGUGCCUUAUUUGUAAACUGCAUUUGUGUUGCCCUGCAAAGCCUUAAUGUUUAAAAAGAAAUGGAUGCAGUUGAUUAAAAAAUUCCCAGUGAUACCCUCUGCUUUUAACACCCAGACACAUGUGACCUGAGGUUUUAUAAAGCUUUCAUUUCGAGGAGACGUACAUUUCAGAGUGGUGCAAUGGCAGCUGCAAGCGCAACAAACAUUAAAACAGUGUUCUCUUGACGUUUCUGCGGGUUCAUUUACCAGAUUUUUUAUUUUUAUUUUUUUUCACCUUACACUUGCAAGAACUUGGUGAAGACUUUCAAACAUUUUACUGGGUGUUAAUGAUAUGCGGCCUUUCAGGUUGUAUGCCAGUAUUUGUGAUAAAAACACCUUUUUAAAAACAAUAAAAUGGUUGAACAAAUUGUA